CAUCGUAGAAAUAUAAGCUGUUUUGAGUUAGUGUUGGCGAGGCGUUUCAAACGGUGUCUGAAAUUUUUAACUCGAAGCUUUUGGUUUAAAGCUUCAAACAUCCUGUUCCAAAUCUCGUACGCAGUUGAUAGCUCAUUGUUCGCAGCGUUCAAGAAAACCCAUUUUAAAAUGUCUUCGUGGACAUUUCGUGUGGUAUUUGUGACGUUUUUGUCCACUGUGUGUACAAAGGCUUCGCUCGGACAGCUGAACACGGAAAAUGUCGUGAUUAAUGUGACAGUUGGUACACUGACAGAGGGACAGCUGAAGAAUUCCAGCAAUUUACAGAUUAAUUUCAACGUAUCGGUGGGUGAUGAGCAGCUGUUUGUCAAUGACGUGCCUGUGACAGGAGUGACCAGGUUAAACUGUCAAGCUCUUCUUCUCUUGGACGGCACCAAUGGAAGCAGUGAAUUUGAGUCUGGUGGUGUGGUGUCCACCGUGAUGCUUGUGAUGGUGAACCAGAACCGGCUGUACAGAGACCCAGACGGGCUUUGGGCUCUGCGGGUGUUCAGUGCAGUGGUAGAAAUGGACGGCAAACAGGUCGAACAGCCUGAAAUGUCAGAUGUCAAAAUACUGAUGAGUCCAGAGUCCCAGAAGCUCUCUCAGUUUGCCGACGUCGACCCGAUCGUCAACCACAGUGAGAUUUUCCGUGUUCCCGCGGACGAGGAUGUGGUGGUGACGGAUACGUUCGAUUUGAGAUCAGUUGAGGCAUCGAUGACUCAGACCACCAGUCAUUACCCGCUGAAACACACCACACAGGAAGAAACCGCCGCUCCUGGGAAGCUGCCGGAGACGCCUCUGCGGAUGGAUCCCGACCUGCUGUAUGACGAGGAAGUUGAGGACUUGGUGCUGCACCAGAUGGAGCCGAACCAGAUGGAGACUCCACCCAAAGAAUCAUCUUACUCUGCCAUAUGUCGGUGGGUGGAAGAGAUGCGAGAGCGUCUGAGGCGUUUCUGCUCGGAGUCGCUGCCUGUCUUCUUCCUGGUCAUGUUUGUGGUGGUGGUUGGCGUCGUCGGGUCGGCCAUCAUCGUUAAGAUCUUAGAUCUCUUCUUCCCAGCGUGUGAACCGAGGAGUGUGUCUGCUCUGACCACUAGGCACAUUUUUCGUCCAACCCAGGACACUCCAGUAGCUGAGGACGAGAAGCAGGUCCUACUAGAUAAGGUGGAAACUGAGGACCAAGAACAGGUGGCUGAAGAGAAGCCAUGAACGAGGACUCGUUCGUCAUCCUGCUUCUUUGUUUUCAGUUUAACAUUUGUUUUCUGCAUCAGGUUUUUUUUUUCUUGGUUCUUUUCACAUUUAUUUCCCAUGUAAGUGCGUUAUUAAGGACAGGAGGUAGUUUCCACUGAGGGAUGGGCCGAGUUUAAAGGCACGAAGAUCACUAAACCCAAGUGCUCGGAUCCAUAAGUAUGUGGACACGUGUUGGGAAACUGUUAAUGAAUGUGAGCCCAGAUGUUUCACUACAAUUUGAGUUUAAGUAGAAUGCAUGAACAGCACUUUGUAAUCUGGCACCACGGCUGCGUUCACACCAUGAAGUGACUUUAGCUUCACCGGCUCUGAUACCAAACUGGAGCUUUGUCCCGUUCGUGUUGCAUACAGCCAGAAAAAAAAAAAAUUGAUCCCUGACACUAAAGACACAAAUGUAGACGAGACUGGCAGGUGAUGAUGUCACAUUACCAAACAGUGAGUGAGCACACGCAGGAGGACGGAGAAAAGAAAUUAAUCAACACCUGAAGUCUGAACUCAAAAUGUUUUUCCCUGGCAACACUUUGAUUUUGUUCUUUUUAAACGUGUCCCGUGAGGUGGCGUCACGCUGGGAUCAGUUCACCGUCUCUUUAACUAUCGGGUCACAUACGAAAUUUAGAUUUUUUUUCCUGAUGAAUUUGUUGCCACUACAAUCUGAGCAGAACCUUCUGCCCUUAAAUGCUGUUUGGUUUCAGCCUGCAGCCUAAAACUUUGUCACUUUAAUGUGAACAAACCUGAAAAUGACUUUAGACAGCCUGCUGGUGGCGCCGUGCUCUGUUUCUUUCCACUCUCUCCACGCUGACCGUGGAGGUGUUUCCUGGCAGUGCAUCUGUCACUUUGAGGGAUUAUAAUGUUGUUUUCUGUCUGAAUGUGGCUGAAGAUGUUCAGAUUGUCUAUGCACACUAAGCUUCAAACUCCUGCUUCGACUCUGUGCGUUUCAUCAAUUGUGUGCCUGAGUAACUUGUUUGAUUUUGCCAAAAAAAAAUUCUGUAUUUAAAUUACUGUUGAGGAAAAUCUU